GCAAACGCGAAGACAACAUUUCGCGCGCGAUACUAACCAACAUUUAUACAUAUAUAUGUAUAUAUGUGUAUAUAUAUAUAUAUGUAUUUGUGUAUGUAUAUAUACAUACAUAUAUAUAUAUAUAUAUAAAUUUGUUCGAUAAAUAUUCUCGUUAAUAACGCGUAACAAUCUAAACAAAAUUGUCUGCUGCAUUAUUUAUCAUCUUCAACGUUAAAUCCCAUCUUCCGGAAAAUUGUCGUCUAUAAUAAAAAGAAGAAAAAAAAAAUCCAUAAAAAAAAACAGUCCCCCCCAAAAAAAAAGAAUAAGAAAAAGAAGAAGAAGAACUUAAAAAUAGAAAAAAAAAAGAAGAAAAUAGUGAAAAACUUUUCAUAGAAAUGACUUAGAUGUUAGAUAAAAGGAAUGAAAUAAAAAGAAGACAAGAGGAAAAUCAAGGAUAGAACGUUUUGACAGGAAACUCAGAUAUAUCCGGAGAUUUUUACGAGAAGAAGGAAGAAGAAGGUGGGAGGAAAGGUGAAACGGCAGGAUGGAGGACCGCCGUGGUAGAAAGUGGCUCUACGCCGUUUUGCAUCUACUGACAUUUCUCUACAGGCACGCUGAAUGUGCGUCAAAAAGCGGAGGCUCGGUUGUCGAGCAUCAUUCUUCAGCGUACUGGGAGCAACCCUUUAGUCAACCUUAUUUCGACAACACAACCAAGAGAGAAACUACAACGACAGUCGGUCAAUCCGCUUACUUACAUUGCAGAGUACGCAAUCUUGGAGAUCGUGCUGUAUCGUGGAUAAGAAAACGAGAUCUACAUAUACUAACCGUAGGAAUUUUAACUUACACGAACGAUCAACGUUUUCAAUCAUUGCACAGCGAUGGAAGCGACGAAUGGACCUUGAAAAUUAGUUCACCCCAAGUCAGAGACAGCGGGACUUACGAGUGCCAAGUUUCGACCGAACCGAAGAUCAGCCAAGCAUUUAAUUUGAGCGUAGUGGUGUCGAAAGCGAAAAUCAAUGGCAAUUCGGAAUUGUACAUCAAGAGUGGAAGCGACAUAAACCUUACUUGCAUCGUACUACAAACACCCGAGCCACCUUCCUUCAUUUAUUGGUACAAGGGUGAUCACGUUAUCAAUUACAGUCAAAGGGGUGGAAUAAACGUCGUUACUGAGAAGCAAACUCGAACAUCGCGUCUUUUAAUAUCCAAGGCGUUACCUGCUGAUUCUGGAAAUUACACGUGUGCCCCGUCCACGGCUGAAUCAGCGAGCGUUCUGGUCCACGUUCUGAACGGAGAACAUCCGGCAGCAAUGCAGCAUGGAAAUUCAAGCAACAGCGGGGCUGCCACGAGGACACUGGCAUUGCUACUCUUACUUCUGCACGCCGGAUCCUUCGCGAGGUGACUGGUCGAUUGCGAGGACGUUCUAUAAACGCGCCAACAUCGAUCGUGUCUCUCCCAAGCCUCCUAUCUGACAGGGGAACGUGUGGAAUAGGGAGA